AAGAAUCCAUUGAACAACCAGACAUUCGGUUUUUUGAAUUGUCAAAACAGUGCUGACAACUUUUGAUUCGAGGAAUACAAAUGUCACCAAUCGUUGCGGCGGCUUUUUCUUAUUCGGGCACUAAAACGAGAAGCGGUGAAAUGUACAUUGAACCAUCGUGCUUGGAAAACAAUAUUUCACACGUGCAAAAAAUUAAACCAACAGAAAAAAGGCAGGAUUUUGCGGUUGAUGAUUUUCAUUUAACUAAGCAGGCUGACGUUGGCGGCCGUUCAGUGUUAAGUAAAAAUAAUAGAAGCUUCUUAGAGGAUUUAUCUAAUUCGAAUUUGAAUAUAAAUGCAAAUAUCACCUUCGCAGAAAAGGAAGAUAGCUUCAUUGAUUUAAUUGACGCACGGGAUGUAAGUAAUGGAGGUGCGUCGCCUUCAAUUAUAAAUGAACAGUUUGCACAUCGCCAACAAAACGGUUUUUCAGACCAUUAUAAUUUAAUUUCGAACAGUAGUAAAAUUGACGUAAUUAAAACUAAGCAACGUACAGCACUUAAGAGAAAUAAAAGUUUGAUAGGUGUUGCGCAAAAGAAAAUAUCGAAAGACAGUCCAAAAUAUAAAAGUAAACGCAAUAUUCCAGGGUUAUUGUUAAGGAAUCGCAUUGAACAAACGCUGCAGUCUGAUAGCGAAUUAUAUUCUAAAGAAGCAGAGAAACGUAAAGUCCGCCAAUUACCGGAUCUUUUACCUUGUAGCGAAGUCAGCUGGAACGGCAGUGAAGCAAGUUUCUGCAGUAACAGAUAUAUAAAUCGAUAUUUAAAGGAAGACAAUCGUGAUUAUAAAUACGGUGAAAAUCAUCAAAUGGGUGUUGAUAUUGUUAAUAAACUUAAGAAGCUUUUCGGAAUCAGUUUGACCAAUAAUAAUGAACCGGAUAGAUCACGUAAGCGUAGUGGUUCUCUUUUCAGAUCAGACAUUCCAGUCACAGAUGCUAGUCUCAUAAAAUAUCGGAAGGUUAAUAAUACAUUUCCCAAGUUUGUGAGUAAUACAUCUGACGAUGAUAUUGAAUUGAGAUCUAAUAGAAACAGGAAAAAUUCUCCAAUUUUUCAAAAGCCGUCCUUUAGUCUUCGCAGUGAAAUGGCCCAGCGGUUGCCAUUGCAAACAUUUGAAAAACCUAGGUUACAGAAGUCAUACUUUACUCCUCAGCCUAUGCCUCACAAAGUUGUCAAAAAUUGUGGGUAUGUUGAUGAUGAGUUCUCAGACGAUGAACCUGAAAUAGUCAAUGGAAUUGAUAUAGGAAAUAUAAGAAAACCAUUGCCAACUUUCCGCAUUCCUUUGCACCGUGAAGAAGGACGAAAAUGUUUACCAAAACCGUCUUCGUCAUUAUUUGGAAUGGCUUCAUUAGGAUUACCGGAACUAAAUACUAUUCAAAGACCCAUCUAUUCUCAAGCACCAAUUUAUAAUGCUCUACAUACAUGCAAACGUUUGGACCACGAUAAUUCUUUGAAUCAGGCUUUUGGAAAUCAUGGCAAUUCUACAUCAGGCAUUGCACCACGUUUAAUAACAAAGGCUAAAACGGUGUCUUCCCUGCCAUCAUUUAAUGACCGCGAUAAAUACGCCGAAUUACUGCAGACGUUAGCAAUUACUUUCGAUACUCCACGGUAUGCGCCAUUGACAUCGAAGAAAGUAAAUUGUAGCUCUCAAAAAGCACCACAACAUAGUUCCUGUUCGGAGAGAGUAAACUCUACAGCACAUUGCAACGUUCCACUUCCAAAUUGUUCAAUAGAUCUUGAUGAAGACAGUGAUGAAUGCAUCUUAGUAAAAGAAAAUCCAAGAAAUAGUCGUCAGGUAAAACGCUUUUCGACUACAACCGUCGUGGAUGACGACCCAAUUGAGGUACUAGAUUUAACAAAGUCUGAACAAGCGGUUAUAUCACAAUGCAGUAAAAUUAAGGAUAAUGAUAUAAUUUGUUUGAAUGAUAAUGACUCUGCAGAUGAAAUGGAAUUGCCAGAGGUUGCACCAGUAAAUUCGUUAAAGGAGCGUUUUGAACUUUCGCCACACAUUAAGAAAGACUGGUUAAAGGAUUUUGAAAUGAAAUGUAGGAAAAAACAAGAAGAAUCAAAAAAACAAUUGCUUGAAGUAAAAACCAUGGUCGAUAAACGUUCUGCUGAGCGAAUUAAAGCUGAGCGAGAGCUUCUACGCAACAUGGCAGAGAUUUCAAUAUUUGAUCCUAGAAUUGUAGUCAUUGAUGAAUUUCCGGAGCCUGAGGAAGACGAAGACCAAUUGGUGGAAUUAACGGACCAGCAUAACGCGCUAAUUCACCGAGUUUUGCGUUCACCACCAGAUCAGGUGCAUAUUAAUAAAUUCAAUCUUAACGCUACAACUAGAGACUUGAACACCUUGACUGGCAAACAGUGGCUAAAUGAUGAAGUAAUCAAUUUUUACAUGAAUUUAUUGACUGAGCGCAGUGAAAAAAAGAACAAGACGCACGGUCUUCCCAAAGUCUAUUCAAUGAACACAUUUUUUAUUCCACGCUUAUUAGAACACGGAUUUAGUGCAGUCAAACGAUGGACACGUAAAGUGGACAUUUUCGAAAAGGAUAUAAUACCCGUUCCUGUUCAUGUAAGCGGUGUUCACUGGUGUAUGGCAAUAAUUCAUCUUAAGAAUAAGUCUAUAAAGUACUAUGAUUCAAUGGGGGCACCUAAUCCAAGAGUGUUAAAUGCAUUGGAGGGGUACCUUAAGGAAGAAUCACUUGAUAAGAAAAAAAUUCCGUUUGAUACCUCCGGAUUCGUUAUUGAAUCAGUAAAAGAUGUGCCGCGACAGAUGAACGGUAGUGACUGCGGUGUUUUUAGCUGCAUGUUCGCCGAGUUCAUUACGCGUGAUAAGGCAAUCACUUUUAGCCAAGAGCAUAUGGAAUAUUUCCGUCAUAAAAUGAUUGUUGAAAUUGUGCGAGGAGAGCUCUUGCAGUAAAUUUGGUUUGCUAAUUUUAAAAUAUAGGUUUAAAUAUUUUCCAUACAUUUAUAACCAUUAAAUAAUUGUUCAUUUACAUCGCACAAUUUCAUCCUAAGAAUAUAAGAAACUGCUUGAAGUAAUCUAUUUAUUUUUUUAAAAAAACUAAUCCGGAAAACAGAAUCUUUAAGUUAUUUAAGAUAAUUACAAUCAAUAAAGUUGAA